GAUCCACCUCCCCUCUCUCUUCUACCCCCCACCCCGCGGCACACACAGACACACACACACACACACACAGCACCUCACUACAACUCGCAUGAAGCGUUGGACAGCAUGGAGUGGAGAUUCAAUCCAGGAAUGUACAACACGGUACUCUGCAUCGGAAUGGUCUAUCUAGGAGCUGGGGGAUUCCCAUCGGUGGUAGCACUAGGUGCCAGCAUUAUCUGCAAUAAGAUGCCCGGUCUUGCACCCCGCCAGCGAGCCCUGUGCCAGAGCCGACCAGAUGCCAUGAUCAUCAUUGGGGAGGGGGCGCAGAUGGGGCUGGACGAAUGCCAGCAGCAGUUCAGGUACAACCGCUGGAACUGCACCUCCCUGGGGGAGAAGACGGUUUUCGGGCCGGAGCUGAAAAUAGGUAGUAAAGAGACAGCCUUCGCGUACAGCAUCAUUGCAGCAGGGGUGGCCCACGCCAUCACACAGGCCUGCAGUCAGGGCAACCUCUCGGACUGCGGCUGCGACAGGGCCAAGCACGGCUACUACGACCAGGAGAGGGGCUGGAAGUGGGGGGGCUGCUCGGCGGACAUCGAGCACGGCAUCGGCUUCUCCCGCCGCUUCCUCGACGCCCGCGAGGUGAGGCGUCACGCCCGGAGGCUCAUGAACCUGCACAACAAUGAGGUGGGAAGGAAGAUCCUGAGGGAGAGCAUGAGAAUGGAGUGCAAAUGCCACGGCGUAUCGGGCUCAUGCACCAUCAAGACUUGCUGGGUGACCCUGCCAGCCUUCCGGGAGGUGGGUUUCGCUCUCAAGGACAAGUACGGGCAGGCGGUCCAGGUGGAGCCGGUGCGGGCGGGCCGGGGGCACCAGCCCACCUUCCUGAAGGUCCGGAGGACGCCCCACCUCAAGCCGCUGCCCACCGACCUGGUCUACACCGAGCGCUCGCCCAGCUACUGCGAGGAGGACCCGGCCACCGGCAGCGCGGGCACACGGGGGCGGAGGUGCGAGCGGGAGGACGCUGGGAAGCCGGGCAGCUGCGAGCUCCUGUGCUGCGGCCGGGGCUACAACACCUUCCAGUACACCCGGGCCUGGCAGUGCAACUGCAAGUUUCACUGGUGCUGCCAAGUGACCUGUAGUCAGUGCAGCGAGAGGACACACGCCUACACCUGCAACUGAGAGA